AUGGCAGAGAAUAAUGAGCAACAAAUUACGCUCAAGAUUACCUGGAAGAAUGACGGUGAAGUUGUCUGGUUCACAGCAAAGGAAAAUAUCAAAUGGAUUGAGGAGGAAGAUUCCAAUACUAAAUAUUUUCAUGCAAUCAUUAAUGAAAGAAGAAGAAGAAGGGCAUCUAUACAAAGAAUCCAAAGAUUUGAUGGGCAAUGCAUCAAUGGGGAUGAAGAUAUUGCUAGGGAGGUUGUGGAAUAUUUUUCAGCUAUGUUUAAAGAUGAAGGAGAACCAGAGCUGCAACACUUGGAAUGUAUUGAUCAGAAGGUUACUCAUGAGGAUAAUAUUAGGCUUUGUGUCAUCCCUGAUGAAGAGGAGAGUAGGAAGCCAGUUUUUUAUCAAAAUUCGAAUAGUUCUCCAGGACCAGAUGGAUUUGGAGGGUCUUUCUACCAAAGAUGUUGGGAUAUCAUUAAGCCAGAAUUGAUAGAGUUUAUCCAGCAAUUUUUUGGUGGAGCAGAACUUAGCAGAUUCUUUACCAGCUCAUGCCUUAUUUUACUACCUAAGGUUGAGAAUCCUUCUUCAUUUAAUGAUAUGAGACCCAUCAGUUUAAGUAACUACUCUAACAAGAUAAUUUCUAAAAUCAUGAGUUCUAGAUUGAACUCCAUAUUGCCAAAGAUAAUUUUUGACAAUCAGACUGGGUUUCUAAAUGGAAGAUCCAUUACAGAAAAUAUUUUAUUAGCUCAGGAGAUUAUCCAUGGUAUUUGCAAGAAGAAUUUUGGAGGGAACGUUGUCAUUAAACUAGAUAUGGCUAAGGCCUAUGAUAGGGUCAACUGGAAGUUCUUGUUGAAUGCAUUGAGGAAGUUUGGAUUUUCAGAGAAUUGGAUUGAUUUAGUUUGGAGAUCUAUUUCAAAUGUCUGGGGCUUUAGCAUGGUGCAAAGUGGUCCACAGGUUACUCAUCUUGCAUAUGCAGAUGAUGUAGUAAUCUUCUCUUCUGGUGGCAAGAGGGCAUUGAAACUAGUCAUGCAUCAAUUACAGAACUACGAGAAGUGUUUCGGGCAAUUGAUCAACACUGGAAAGAGCUACUUUCUGGUGGAUCCUAAAGCAUCUAACAUUACCAUUCAAAGGAUUAAAGAGGGAAAACUUUUGUCUGUUGGUGGCAGAGCCACACUCAUCAAACAUAUUUUGCAAUCACAACCCAUUUACUUGCUAUCAGUAGUGGAACCUCCAAAACCAGUGUUUAAACAACUUGAGACUUAUAUGGCUAGGUUUUUCUGGGGAUCAGAUGAAGACAUCAGUGGGGUCCAGGUGAUUAGAGAUGUUAUUACUGAUGAUAAAUGGGAUGUGGAUCAGCUGCAGUUACCAGAGUUCCUUACAGAACAAAUUCGAUCUAUUGGCAUAGGGGACCAAAGUUGUUAUGAUAUACCAGUUUGGAUGCCUAAUAGUACUGGUAACUUUACUACAUCUUCAGUGUUAUUACUCAUUCCCAAAAUUGAUUACGUAAUUGUUAAAUGGCAUAAACCUCCUGAAUAUUGGCUUAAGAUUAAUAUCGAUGGAAGCAAAGACGCAGAAGGAAAUUCAGGUAUUGGUGGCAUAUGCAGAGAUCAUAGGGGUAAGCUAACUAUGACGAUUGCUUUUUCAAUUGGCAGAACAAGUAGCAACAUGGUUGAAGCUAGUGCAGCCUUAGCGGGGGUGGAAUGGUGUAGUCGCAGUGAUUGCAACAACAUUAUACUAGAGUGUGAUUCCCAGCUUGUGGUUGAUUUGAUCAAUGGUAAAUCAAAACUUCCUUGGCAAAUGCAGGGCAUUAUCAAACGAAUUCAAGACAUUGCCGGUCAACUCAAUUGUGCUAUUCGCCAUUGUUAUAGAGAAUCUAAUCAAAUUGCGGAUGCAUUAGCAAAAUGA